ACUACAGUAUAUACCUGUGCCUGUGUCGUGUCCGUGACUCUUGCCCUACUGUAUUAUUUUUAAAAUUUGAGUGUUUACAUUUAUAUAGAAAAGUUUGUCGAGUUUUUUUAUACAAAGGAAAAAUGGCGGAAUUUGAUAUCUUAUGCUGUGACUCAACGAGGGCGAUCUCAGCGAAGAAGGGGAAGAAACAUUUUCACAUAAUAAUUUUGCGAAAUGUUCAUCCAGAAGUGGUCGUUGUCGUUGAGCGGUUAGAUGAGGAGAACGGCAAUGAGUACUUGUUGGCAGACCAGCAUGAAGUAUAUCAUGAGGAGGUGGUGGCGAGUUCGAGUGGUGGUGCUGUGCGAGGCGUGUGGUUCCCAGCGACGGCAGCAGCAGGCGGGCGUCAGGCACGAGGCGGCCGCCGCGCCCUCCUCUCCGCCUCCUCAUCGUGUCAUAUAAUAUUAAUAAUAUUUUGUAUUUAAUUUUUUUGAAUAAAUAGAAUACAAUACAUUUUAUUCAAUACGGAUAACACUUAUUGAAAGUCAUUGUGUUUUAUCGUUGGUUAUAAAAAACCUGUAAUUUUUAGUUAUUAUUAAGAAGAUGCUGCUGCCCAUUUCCUGUUUCAGUUUUCCUCCGACGCCUCUUACGGCAUCCACGAAACGAGACGAAACUGUGCUAGUGGAUAUUCUUGACCUCUCAACAGUAUCUUUCAAAAUUGCAUCAUUCCUAUGAUUAUAAUAAUCUUUAUUACCAUAUAUAUUAUUUAACAAUAUGUCUAUUUAUAAACUACACAGGAAUAUUUUAUCUUAUAACAUGAAAAAUAGCAUCCAUUGCCGAACUAGGCCAGAACCUGUAUUUCAGCAUAUGGCGCCACUCCCCGGACAUAAUAAACAUAGAUUACUUAUUUAUAUUAUGGAAAAAUUACCUAACUUUAUUUUUUAUAUUACAUGAGGGUUAUAAAAAAUGUAAAUAGAAAGAAAAAAAAAAAAGUAAAAUGUCGUGUGUGAGAGGGUGUGUACGAGAUGAAGAAUACAAUUUAAUGAAUACCUUAGGUUACCUAACAAUAGAUGUUCGAGAUCAGUCCAUAAUAACUCAGCGCUGCACUGUCAAAAGAUCUUCCGUUUCACCAUAUUCUAUGUAAUAUGUGGGUAUAAUAUUAUGGUUUAAACAAUAAAAUAUAAUAAACAUGUUUUUCUCAUCUAAAUUUAUAUAUUAUUAUAACAUUAAUGCUAAAUGGGAAGUAUAAUAGUAAACAAAAAUAAUGAAAAAAUAAAGUAAAACAAUGGUAUGAAUUGAAUCGCCGUAAUGGAUGACAUUAAAACUACGUGCUGUUUUCGAGAGUCAUUACGAAUCGUCUCGCGCGCAGACUUGACGACUUCCAGCCUCCCGAACAAGCCGGUUUCCGAAAGGGCUUUAGCACCAUAGACCACAUACAUACCCUUCGGCAAGUUGUACAGAAGUCCGAAGAGUACAAUUUGCCACUAUGUCUGGCGUAUGUGGACUAUGAGAAAGCCUUUGAUUCCGUCGAAAUUUGGGCGGUGCUGCAGUCCCUUCAGCGGUGCCAAGUUGACUGUCGGUAUAUCGAAGUGUUGAAGUGCUUGUACAGUAGGGCUACGAUGGCUAUCCGAGUACAGAACCAGAGAACGAAACCUAUCCAAUUGCAGAGAGGUGUAAGACAGGGUGACGUCAUAUCCCCGAAACUCUUCACCGCUGCAUUGGAAGACGUUUUCAAGCUUCUGGACUGGAAAGGAUACGGUAUCAACAUCAAUGGUGAGUACAUCACUCACCUUCGAUUUGCCGACGAUAUAGUCCUUAUGGCAGAAUCGCUGGAGGACCUAAGCACUAUGCUCAAUGACCUCAAUAGUGUUUCCCAACGGAUAGGUCUUAAGAUGAACAUGGACAAAACUAAGAUCAUGUUUAAUGUCCAUGUCACACCUAUGCCGGUAGUUGUUGGGAACACUAAGCUCGAAGUUGUUGACGAGUAUGUUUACCUGGGACAAAUAGUCCGACUGGGUAAGUCCAACUUCGACCGAGAGGUCAAUCGACGGAUUCAACUCGGCUGGGCAGCGUUCGGGAAGCUACGACACAUCUUCUCGUCAGACAUACCUCAAAACCUUAAAACGAAAUUGUACAACCAGUGCGUGUUGCCAGUGAUGACUUACGGAACUGAGACGUGGUCCUUCACUGCUGGCCGUAUCAGGAAGCUCAAGGUCGCUCAGCGAGCUAUGGAGAGGGCUAUGCUCGGAGUUUCUCUGCGUGAUAAACUUAGGAAUGAGGAUAUUCGCAGUAGAACCAGAGUGACCGACAUAGCCCAACGGAUUAGUAAGCUGAAGUGGCAGUGGGCCGGCCAUAUAGCUCGAAGAACCGACAACCGAUGGGGAAGAAAGGUUCUCGAGUGGCAGCCUCGUACCGGUAGGCGAAGUGUAGGGCGUCCCCCCACGAGAUGGAGUGACGACCUGGUAAGACAUGCAGGAAGUCGAUGGAUGCAGGUGGCUCAGGACCGUGUUUUGUGGCAUUCUUUGGGGGAGGCCUAUGUUCAGCAGUGGACUUGUGAAGGGCUGUAAUGAUGAUGAUGAUGAAUGGAUGACAUUGACAGUUACUGACAACAGAUAUUUGACAGCGGGGAUGGAUGUUUUGACUGUUGAGCGUAUGGAGCACAGAACACAAUUACUCUCUAUCAAGAGGUAUGGAGUGUAGAGGUAAGGAGUACAGACUCUGUAUAAAAAAGUGUCCGUAGGAAGGCGUUAAAUAAGGGUGGCGCCACUGUAGCUACAGUCUAAAUUAUAAAGAACUUUUUAUAAAUUUUUUUAUUGCACAAACUCACCGUAAUUCUUUUUACAAUAAUUAUUUUAUUGCUUUCAAAAUUUUUAUUUUCAAAAUCACUCAACGUAUUUUACGGCAAUUUAACAUACCCCCUAGCUACUCGAGCGCUGUAGUGGAGAGUUUUUGAACUAACUGUUAUUUACUGCUUACAGAUGGACACUUUUUUAACUAUUCUCGUAUGGGAGUUGGUACUCCUUACUUUUACACUCCAUAGUUGAGUGGUUAAUCUGUUACCGCAUGUUUUGUUUUUUUAUAGUAUAACCUUUUUUCUUUACUUGGCUACUUCAAAAGAAGGGUAAUGUUUUUUGAGUAUGCACGUAUGGAUGUCUUUUUCUUUGACACGCUCUGUAACCUAAAUUGCUUGAUGGAUUUUUUAAUAUAUGGGGCGUCGUUAGAUUUGCCUUAGUUGUGGAAGUGACAUAAUAUUUUAAUUUUUUUCUUUUCAGUAAACUAGAUUUUAUUAUUUAUCAUUGUUUUAACCAUUGGACUUGUUUAUGCAACUUGUUUAAUAAAUUAUUUCAUCUUGUUG